AUGGAAGCGAAGCAAGAGUCGACGACGGUCCCGGCCGGCGCGCAGGCCGCGGUCCUCGUCAAGUCGGAGCGCCUAGACAAUGGCGACUACAGCCAGGUGAAGGGCUACGACUUCAACCAAGGCGUCGACUAUGCCAAGCUCAUGGAGAGCUACCGCUACAUGGGCUUCCAGGCCACGAACCUCGGCAAGGCCGUCGAAGAGAUCAACCGCAUGCGCGAGCCCAUCGACGAGAACGACGACGAUGCGCUCAAGGAUCCGACCGUGCGCGCGAACUUCAAGUGCAAGAUCUUCUUGGGGUACACGUCCAACUUGAUCUCAAGCGGGCUUCGCGAGACGCUGCGGUUCCUCGCCCAGCACAAGAUGGUGGAUGUGAUUGUCGCGACGGCCGGUGGCAUUGAAGAAGACUUUAUCAAGUGUCUGGCACCCACGUACAUUGGCGAUUUUGCGCUCAAGGGCGCGGACCUCCGCACGCGUGGCAUCAACCGCAUCGGGAACCUUCUCGUGCCCAACGACAAUUACUGCAAGUUUGAAGACUGGCUCAACCCGAUCCUCGACACGAUGCUUGAAGAGCAAAAGACCUUGGGCACCGUGUGGUCGCCGUCGACGAUGAUCCACCGUCUCGGCAAGGAAAUCAACAACGAAGACUCGGUCUACUACUGGUGCUACAAGAACAACAUUCCAGUGUUUUGCCCCGCGCUCACGGACGGCUCGAUCGGCGACAUGAUUUACUUUCACUCGUACCGCAACGAAGGCCUCGUCCUCGAUAUCGUCAGCGAUAUUCGCCGCAUGAACGACCAUGCGAUCCGCGCGAAAAAGACGGGCGUCAUCAUCCUCGGCGGAGGCGUCGUCAAGCACCACAUCCUCAACGCCAACCUCAUGCGCAACGGCGCCGACUUUGGUGUCUUUGUCAACACGGGCCAAGAGUACGACGGCAGCGACGCUGGCGCCCGCCCGGACGAAGCCAUCUCGUGGGGCAAGCUCCGCUUGAACGCCAACCCUGUCAAGGUCUACGCGGAAGCCACGCUCGUCUUCCCGCUGCUUGUGGCCGAGACGUUUGCCAAGAACUAUGCGUCGACAAGCCAAUAA